CUCAUACCUUUCCUCCUUCGAUUUUUCAGACAAACCCUAUCACACUCCAUCAUGUCCAACUUCGGCUUCCUCCCCACUAAUAUUCCUCGCAAUCCGCCAAACCCCAUCUUCAGUCCUGAUCAUGAUGUUCAUCAACAGUACUUUCAGCCAUCUGAUUACGAUCUAAUGCUCAGUACUGAUGGAUCAGAGGAAGAUAACACCAUUAGUUUCAACGCAAACCCUUCACAAGAUAUCACUGGGGCCGCUUCGAAUAUUCCAGUCUACCGCGCCAGCUCUAGCGAGCUGCCAUGGAGCAUAUCAGAUGUGCAAGAAGGAGAAACUGGUAUGGCAGAAGGAAAGAGCGAAGGGGGUAGUAGAAUUGCUUUCCGGACCAAAUCCGAUCUUGAGAUAAUGGAUGAUGGGUUCAAAUGGAGGAAGUAUGGCAAGAAGAAGGUUAAGAAUAGCCCUAAUCCAAGGAAUUACUACAAGUGCUCAAGUGGUGGUUGCAAUGUAAAGAAAAGAGUGGAAAGAGAUAGAGAAGACUCAAGGUUUGUGAUAACAACGUAUGAAGGGGUACAUAACCAUCACAGCCCUUGUGUCAUGUAUUCCAAUGGAAUCCCAGCUCUGGACUUUCCAAGCCAAUGGAAUAGUUCACACCCUUUUAGCUCCCAAUAGAGAAAACCCUAAUGUCAUGCACACUGUAAGCAAAAACUUGUCUUGAAUCAUAUCUGACUGUCUAAUCUUACAAACACAUAUAUAAAUGCUUAUGACUGCUAGCUAGCUUUUCCAAGUAGAUGUGUAUGAAGCUGUAUGACUGCUAGCUCUUUUCCAAAUAUAUUAGUGUGCAUAUAUAUAUAUAUAUAUAUAUAUAUUAGCUUAUAGCUUUUCCAAAUAGUAGUCUGUGAGUGCAUAUAAAUAUGUAUUUAGUAGCUUAGAUGUCAGUGACUCAGUAGACUGGUUUGGUAUAUAUCAAUGCAUCAGUAGGAGAAUCAAUCAAACAAAGCAAGUCCUUGUAUUCAUUACUUAUUCUGUUUUGAAUGUGAGGCUGUGUUUUGUGUCUUCAGCUAGUUAGGUGUGGGAUAGAAUUUGUAUACGCUUGCAUAAAACUUUAUUUUGUUG